AUGAGCCUGGAAGCCGUUCCACGUCUGAAAGCUCCCCGGUAUAUCUAUAUCUACCAGUUCUUCGAGAGCAUUGACGAGCAUCCCCAGAUCUUCAACGUCACUGACAAGCUCCACACACUCGCCGAAGACCUCCACACUACAUCUUCCGCCGCGACAACGACGACAGCAAUUAUUAACACAUCUACUACCUCUACCUCGACGACGACUUCUACUACCACGACCACGGAGACCACCACCACGUAUGUCUUAUAUCUAUUCGCUGCUUAUCGAACCCGAGAAGCUAAUUCAACACCAUCAGACCAUUACCACAACUACAAGCAGUUCCUCCGCAUGUCCUACAAGUGCCUGUCCAUCCUCGAGAACGGCGGUAUGUCACCAGCGCUUUUAGUCCCCUUGUCCUGUACCCGUACAAUAACCUGGUCACUGACCAUCACCCCCGCACAGGAUGUCAUAAUUGACGGUAGCUUCGAAGACGUCUCCUCCGACUCGAUUGGAGUACCGGACACUACCAGCGGCGACUGGACAGUCUCUGGGAAUGCAUUUUUCGACCAGAACAGCGGAACGGCUUCUGACACGCCUUUCGGAACGAAAUUCGUCUACUUCCGCGGCACCUCGACCGUGCCCAUCUCCAGCGUCUCUCAGAACCUGACAAACCUCGUCCCCAACACCUUCUACACCCUCACCUACGACUACGCCGUCCCCUUCGUGGACAACCCCAACAGCGGCCCCGCCUUUUCCACCUGCAGCCUCACCCUCCAGGUCGGCGACAGCGUCAAUCGGGAUCUUGUCGAUGUCUUUGGCAACUCCGCGCAGACGGCCUGGGCCGAGGCGAUACCGCUGGACUUUGUGGCCGACUGUUCGGAGCUGGUGUUUUCGCUGAUCUGGGACUGUUCGCAGGUGUUGCCGGGGAACGAGAUUGAUCUUGUCAUUGAUAACGUGGCCUUCACGGGCGGUCAGUGUGUGGCGGAGCCGGCUUGA